CGCCGCCCGCGGCCCGGUCACGUCCCCGCGCGGGCGCCGCCGCCCGCCUCGUGCGGUACAAGGGCGCCGCGGCCCGCGCUCACCGCCCCGCCCCAUCCCGUGCUGCGCCGCUGGAGCAGCUCGGCCACGCACCACGUCGCGGCCCGGAGGUGAAGGGCGGAUGCCCGAGGCAGGGGGGCCACAGAGAAAGCCUGAGACAUCGUUACUGGUGGCCAGCCAUCCAGGAGCACUUGGCAGCAUCACCACAGCAACCGGCAACGAGCUGGCUUCCCACCAUCAGAAGGACUGGGAAUGACUGUGGUGCACUGGGACCCGUGGUGGCCCUGGGAGGUGGGGUGUUACUGAGGGAGGGCUCAGCUGCCUCCCGCAGUGAGAGCGCCAUGCCAGCUGGAGAGGGGGCACUGGGGCAGGGGCUGCAGCAGGGCACAGCCUCAUCCCCCUACCCGUGCUGAGUGCGCCAGGGCUCCUGUCCACCGGGCGCACCUGCCCCACGUUUCAGCGUCCCCGCUCAGCAGUGACCAGGAGAGGCGCCCUGUCCUGUGCUCUGCGUCUGGGCCUGCCGCUGUCGGACCAUGGGAUGUCGGCAAAGCUCAGAAGAGAAAGAGGCGGCGCGGCGGUCCCGGCGAAUUGACCGCCACCUGCGCUCGGAGAGCCAGCGGCAGCGCCGUGAAAUCAAGCUGCUCCUGCUGGGCACCAGCAACUCAGGCAAGAGCACCAUCGUAAAGCAGAUGAAGAUCAUCCACAGCGGUGGCUUCAACCUGGAGGCCUGCAAGGAGUACAAGCCGCUCAUCAUCUACAACGCCAUCGACUCGCUGACUCGCAUCAUCCGCGCCCUGGCCGCGCUCAAGAUCGACUUCCACAACCCUGAUCGCGCCUAUGACGCCGUGCAGCUGUUCGCGCUGACGGGCCCCGCCGAGAGCAAGGGUGAGAUCACGCCUGAGCUGCUGGGUGUCAUGCGGCGGCUGUGGGCUGACCCCGGGGCGCAGGCCUGCUUCGGCCGCUCCAGCGAGUACCACCUGGAGGACAAUGCGGCCUAUUACCUGAACGACCUAGAGCGCAUCGCCGCGCCCGACUAUGUGCCCACCGUGGAGGACAUCCUGCGCUCCCGGGACAUGACCACGGGCAUCGUGGAGAACAAGUUCACCUUCAAGGAGCUCACCUUCAAGAUGGUGGACGUGGGCGGGCAGAGGUCAGAGCGCAAAAAGUGGAUCCACUGCUUUGAGGGCGUCACCGCCAUCAUCUUCUGCGUGGAGCUUAGCGGCUACGACCUGAAGCUCUAUGAGGACAACCAGACGAGCCGGAUGGCUGAGAGCCUGCGCCUCUUUGACUCCAUCUGCAACAACAACUGGUUUGUCAGCACCUCACUCAUCCUCUUCCUCAACAAGAAGGACCUGCUGGCGCAGAAGAUCCGGCGCAUCCCGCUCACCGUGUGCUUCCCUGAGUACGGCGGCCAGAACACCUAUGAGGAGGCUGCCGUCUACAUCCAGCGGCAGUUCGAGGACCUGAACCGAAACAAGGAGACCAAGGAGAUUUACUCCCACUUCACCUGCGCCACCGACACCAGUAACAUCCAGUUCGUGUUCGACGCCGUGACCGACGUCAUCAUCCAGAACAACCUCAAGUACAUCGGCCUCUGCUGAGGAGCCGGCCCUCAGCUGUGGCGAAACCGGGGUGUCACACCCCCACCCGCACUCGGGAGACCAGCCCAGCCCAGGGGCAGAAAAAGGGGCCUGGAGAGGGUCCCCCCCGCCCCGCCUCCUCGGCCCCCACGUUUCCGCAAACAUGAGUAUACAUGGGUAGAUUGUAGGUAGGUAGACACAUGCACACACACAAACACACACUCUGAGGCCCCCUGAAGACUUGAGGAGCCGUCACCAAGUCCACUCCAAGCCCUCCUGCCCUGUCCCCUUGCCUUCCUGAGGUGGCCCUGCUCUGCAUGGGGGUUCACGAGGGACCAUGGGGAGGGGCAGCCGGCUCCCCGGGUGGAGAACCAGAGCAGGGGCCGCUCAGCCCCCGUGCACGCUGGGAUGGGGAGGCCAGCCGGCCACGGCAUUGACCAGCCCUGCAGCCACUCACAGCUCUUUUUAAACCGCUUCGGAAUAUGCAGCCAAACCCCACACGGUGACACGAGUGGCACGACUUGUCUCAGACCAGGCCAGCUGGGUGCCAGCUUUUCUUCUAUGAGUCGGACGUUUUAUAAACCGAAAUCUGGUUUUUCUCUUCUCACGUCCUUUUUUUUGGCCAAAUCUCGUGGUGUUUCGCAGAAAUACAGAAAAUUUCAAAUGCAGUUGAGUAUUCUUUUUUAAAGGCAGAUUUUCAAAACAUUUUUUUUUUUUCAGGUGGUCCUUUUUGUGUCUGGCUUGCUGAGUGUAAAAGUUGUUAACCUGGACGCGUCUGUCCCCCUGCGCCCGGUGGCAGCCUUGGGGGCAGUGUUGUAUAUAAGCUCGUGCAGCGUCCUCUUGUUACUGGUGAGGUUUCCGCUUCGUUUUUAUUUUGGAAAACAAACGUGACGUAUUUAAAGAAGGCCCUUCACCCAGGAGCGGAUGGACAGUAGCUCAACGUCUUGGUAUUUAAAGAGUGAAUUAUCGGGGGCUUUUCUGCAAGUGGAGGAAAGGGAGGUGAGAGACGGCCUGCCGGCCUGCCCGCCAAGAGCAGCUGAGACUCCUGUGAAGGCUCGGCUGCCUCGUAGCCUGAGGGAGGCCCUUCCUGCCCAGGACCUUGGCCGAACCAUAUGUAAAUACAAAGGCACCACCAGAGCCCUGGCCAGAUCUCCUUUCUGCCUGCGUUUGGUACGGUGAGCCUGAGGUCAGUGCGGAGUCACAGCCAAGGACUUUAAAAAGAUGUUGAGAGGGACAGAGGAUCUGGCGAUUGUCCGAAAGUCUGAGAUUGUCUACUUUAAGAAAAUAAAAUACCCUGAAUGA